UUGUAAGACAGGUGCCCUCGGUUCAUUCUCGGCGAGGGGCAGCAGUUGCCUGUGUGCGAGCGAGUGGGAAGCGUGUGUGGAUAUCUUUUCUACUUGAUUUGUUUCCCCCCCUCCCCCCUUUUUUUUCUUUUUUUUUUUUUUUCUUUUUCGGACCGUCAUUCAGUGGCUGGAUGGCGUGGGACAGGUGUAACCAGGACUCGGUGUGGAGAGAAUUAGAGUGUGCUGCCUUGGUUGGUGAAGACCAGCCCCUCUGCCCAGACCUCCCCGAACUUGACCUCUCAGAGCUGGACGUCAGUGACUUAGAUGCAGACGGAUUCCUGGGGGGCCUCAAAUGGUAUAGUGACCAAUCAGAGAUCAUUUCCACUCAGUAUGGGAAUGAAGCUUCAAAUCUUUUUGAGAAGAUAGAUGAAGAAAAUGAGGCCAACUUGCUGGCAGUGCUUACAGAGACCCUGGACAGCAUCCCGGUGGAUGAGGACGGAUUGCCUUCGUUUGAGGCCCUGGCAGACGGGGACGUGACCAAUGCCAGUGACCGGAGCUGUCCCUCCUCUCCUGACGGCUCACCGCGCACCCCAGAGCCCGAAGAGCCGUCACUGCUGAAGAAGCUCCUUCUGGCGCCCGCAAACUCCCAGCUCAGCUAUAAUCAAUACACAGGUGGCAAGGCACAGAACCAUGCAGCCAGCAGCAACCACCGGAUCAGACCACCACCUGCCAUCGUCAAGUCGGAGAGCCCCUGGAAUGGCAAAGCAAGAGGGGGCUCCAGCCAACAGAACCGCCCGGUGAGGCGGCCAUGCACUGAGCUGCUGAAGUACCUGACGGCCACCGAUGACAUCCUGCUCCACACCAAAGCCAGUGAACCCAAGGGUGCCUGGGGGGGUGCCAGUAGCAGGGACAAGAGUGGCCUGGGUCUGGGUGCCUCUUCCUCCUCCUCCUCGCCGUCCUCGUCAUCCACCUCCUCGUUCUCCUCCCUGUCAUCCAGCUCUUCUUCCUCUUCCUCCACAACCUCCAAAAAGAAGUCAGCUGUGCCAUCUCAACAACAGCAGCAGCAGCAACAGCCGCAGCCGCCGCCGCCGCCGCCGCAGCAGCAUCACCAGCGAGGUGAGAGCCGGGCUGCAGGCGAGUGUAGUAUGCCUGGUGUUGGGGCUGGGAAGUGGCAGCGUUGCGCUCACGAUCACGGGGUUGAGGAUUCGGAGAGUGCCUCUAUCCCUGUUGGCCACAGAACCUACACCUGCGGCCAUGCCCGCCCCAAACUGGAGCAUGGGCCGCCCAGUGAAGAAGGAAGGCCGCCGGGCGAUGUGGGCCGGCUGGCUGCCGCUAGGUUUAUUAGGUAUAUGCAUUCUUAUUCCCUCCCUCCCCGAGAGGGGAGUCAUAGCUGUGAGCAUUGCCGAGAGGCUGCGGGCGCUACUCAGGCUAGCGAGGGCGUUGGCAGGCGAGGCCAGAGUUACUUCAGCAGUGCCAGCCGCGCACCACACAGGCACAUCACAGUAACGAUAAAGAAAAGAGACGAGAGAGAGAGGCCGGGGCACCCUUUACUUAGCCAGCUGCUCACCUCCAAACAGAGGCCCGCUCAAUUCCGGGCCCACGUACCCCAACCCACCGCUACCCGUUUACCCAGCUCUAAGAGCAAAUCAGCAGCUAGGCGUCGUGAGAGCGCAGCCCAGGUUUCCUCAAAGGUGGAAGAUAAGACUGUCAGAGAGGCCACUGAGCACAAAAAGCGGGGAGUGAGUCUGGCUGAAGACUCGCACGCAGGGCUCCUUCUGUCCCCCCUCAGCCUAGACCUAGAGAGCUGGGUCAGCCACCUAGAUCCCGGGCUAGACAUGGGUUUGGGACUGGAGCUGGGGUGGCCAAGCCAGGGCGGCUAUGGGGAGGAUGUUGACCAUGUUGUCGAUGAUGAUGGUGUUGUUGAUGAUGAUGAUAAUGACCAUGUCAAGGGCAGCCCUGCAGCGGUGCUCAAACAGGGCCCGCCGAGCCCGCUCAUCCCAGAUACUAGCUUUGCAGAGCCCACCCCUCCCUGCAUCAUAGAAGGGCCAGGGCACCCACACAGGCAGGCACUCAGCGAGCACCCCGAUGACCAGGGCCACCCGUUGUUAGCCAAACCAACCACCUUGCCACUUCCUUUGACCCCAGAGUCUCCAAAUGACCACAAGGGAUCACCGUUUGAGAACAAAACCAUUGAACGCACAUUAAGUGUGGAGAUUGCUGGAACCCCAGGUCUGACACCACCUACCACGCCCCCACACAAAGCCAGUCAAGAGAAUCCUUUCAAAGCAUCUCUCAAAACCAAGUUGUCCUCAUGUUCCUCCUCGGCCUUGACAUGCAAAAGAGCCAGGCUGAGUGAGUCAGGCGCCGGAACUGUGGCCCUGGCCCCAGGCGCCUCACCCGGGGGCCCCGCCAGGAAGGGGCCCGAACAGACUGAGCUUUAUGCGCAGCUGAGCAAGGCGUCCACCGCCCUCCCUUCCUCCGUCACUCAAUAUGCAGUAGGAGGUGGCCUUGAGGAGCAUCGCAGCACUGGCAAGAACAAGAAGGCCACUUCCUGUGGCAACAGUGACCACGACUAUUGCCAGGCAUCGGCGAAUGCAAAGACGGAUGGGGGCACAGCAACUGUUACCAUGACUACAGCUGUGGACAUGACAUUUACCCCAGGUGUCGCUGCUGCUGCUCCCGUGCCCAGUUCUGGCAAAGUGGAGAACGAGCAUGUCGAAUAUAAGGACUCUGCCAUGCCAUCAUCCUUUUCAUCAUCAUCUCCUCCUCCAUCAUCAACUUCACCUGGCCCUUUGGCUAAGGAGCAGAAUUUAGUCUCUGUGGACAGAGAAACGGGCCGCGACAGGGGCUUAAGGGAGAAAACCCUUACGCAAAGCAUUCAGAUCCCCACAGAAGGGGCCAUUACUGUAAGGGACCAACUACAACUUUCUGCCAGCAGCCGGAAGCCCCUGUGCGACCAGGAAAUCCGAGCAGAGCUCAACAAGCACUUUGGUCCCCCUCUGAAAGCCCUCUACAGCCAGGGUGGCCAGGACAGAGAGCCCAGCAGCAAACUGAACACGGCUACAGCCCCCAAGUCCUUUGGGGAGGGAGAAAAUGACUAUUAUUCCCAGAGGCUGCCUGGCUCCAGUUACCUACAAGCAGGGUUUCUGCCCUUCCACGACGAGCUGGAGCUGGGCGAGGGCCGUGAAAGUCGCUUCGUCUAUCCUUGGGACGGCACCCCCCUGGACCUACUCUUUGACUGCUCUCCGCACUCGCCCUCCAGUUCCCCACCAUCCAGCUGCUCCCCUUCACGAGGGUCCGUCUCCCCGCCUUCCUCCCUCCUCCUGUCACCCAGCAGGCCUUUCUGUUGGGCCAGCAGUGGAUCCCGCUCCCGCUCUCGCUCCCACUCUGGCUCCCGCAGCUCCUCGUCACGAUGUCGCAGGCGCUCUCUCUCCAGUUCACCCGACAGACGCCUCUCCUCCUGGUCUCGUCACAGCACAGAUUUGAAUGUUUUUCGCUCCAGAACCCACAAGAGCCCCCACCCUCAGUCUCGAUCUCCUCUCAGCCGCAGGCCAAGGUAUGACAGCUACGAGGAGUACCAGCACGAGAGGCUGAAGAGGGAGGAGUACCGGCUGGAUUAUGAGAAGCGGGAGUUUGAAAGAGCCGUUCAGAGAGAAAAGCAAAAGCAAAAAGCAAUAGAGGAGAGACGGGUGGUGUACGUGGGGCGACUGAGGUCAGACUGCACUCGGACGGAGUUGAAGCGCCGCUUCGAAAUCUUUGGAGAAAUUGAAGAAUGUGCAGUAAACUUGAGGGAUGAUGGGGACAAUUUUGGCUUCAUCACGUACCGCUACACUUGUGACGCCUUCGCUGCCCUUGAGAACGGACACACCUUACGCAGGUUAAACGAGCCUCAGUUCGAGCUGUGCUACGGAGGACAAAAGCAGUUCUGCAAAUCGCAUUACACAGACCUGGACUCCCAUUCGGACGACUUUGAUCCAGCCUCCACGAAAAGCAAGUAUGACUCUCUGGAUUUUGAUAGUUUGCUGAGAGAGGCCCAGUGCAGCCUGAGAAGGUAACCAGUUCAGUGGCCCGCUGUCUGUCACAAAGAGGGACUCCGUAUACCUCACUGUUGUUUCUCGCUCCUUUCAAGACGAGACUACCAGAAGUUCUACACUCUGUCAUAGAGUAUGUAAGAAUAAGUCUAUAGACCUAUAUCAUUAUAAAUUAAUAUAUUAAAAAUAAAGUUUACAUGAACAUAGCUGCUGAAGAGCUGCGAAGAGACAUUGCAUUCUGGGAUCCCUCAGAAUCUGGUGCACAUCUUCGUUGCACUCUACUGCUGUGCAACCAUCAGUGAAAGAAGAAGGAGAAGAAGAAGAAACUUUUAUGAUUUUGUGUUUCUCCAAGCACUACAAUACCCAUGAUUCUUUUGGGAGCGGAAAAAAAGAGAGAGAAAAAAAAAGAAAAAAAAACAGCUUGUUCAGCCAGAUUUGUUUUCCUUUGCUGUUGAUUUCCUUUUCCUUUGAAAUCUGGUGUUUGGAUCUGGUGUUGUUACAAUUAAAGAGUGUAGGGAAUUGUAUCUUGGAGGUUAAAUUCUCGAGGUAACAUUGCUGUCUACAUUUUGAGGAGAAAUGUAGCUGUGUAUUUACAAAUACUAUAAAAAGGAAUAUUUUUUAUUUUAUGUACAUAUCAAAGUUCUUUAUUUGUUACAGCUAUGCACUGUAAAACACAGCCUUUUUUAAAACGAAGAGAAAAAUUUCUUAAUUCAGAAUGUCAAUCUGUAGUAAUUACAAUACUGUAAAACAUAUUGUACACCUACAUGAUGUUUAGAGGACAUGAUAUGAUUGUAGAAAAGAAAAAAAAAAGACAUGUCUGACUGCUCAUUUUGCUGGAGCAUGUGAACAAAUGUCCUUUUUUUAAGUUAUGUUGUUCGGGGAAAAGAGAAGUCAACCAUUUUAAAGUUUCUUAAUCAGUGUUUUUCCUUAUACAGCCAGUGUAAAAUGCAUUUUUAACAUGUUUUUCAUGAUUGUAAAAAAGGGUUACCCCACUUUUCCCAUUUUGCAAUGAAUAAGUAAUGCAUGUAUAUAUGUAUGUAUGUAUAUAUAUAUAAAUAUAUAUUUAUAUAUAUAUAUAUAUGUAUAUAUACAUAUAUACAUGCACCUAGAUUGAUUUCACAUUGCUUUUUAUGUUGAUUACUGUCAGUGAGAGAGAAAACCGCAUUCAAUCAGUCCAAACAUAUUUAUCUAUUUAUUGUAAUAUUUUUAAUAUUCGAAUCAGAAAUAUUUAUGGACUCCAUUAUCCAUGGCGUACCUCAUGAAAUGUAUGAUAUUUAUGUUAUGUCUUUUGAUUUGUGUUAUUUAUCUUGCAAUCACUAGACAGGGUGUACAAUAAAAGGUUUUUGGUGGGGAUAGUGCUAACCUUCUAUGCCUUCCGAAACAAUCCCAACAUUCAGCUACUCCGUCCGGCUGUCAGACCCUCAUCCCUUCGAUACUUUGUCUCCGCCGUCCGUCAGUUGUUUUUUUUUUUUUGUUGUUUUUGUUCCAUCUGAACGCAGAACAUGAAGCAAUAAAAUGAUUUCGCAGGAGUUUCAGUUGCACCACUGUAUAGACACGUUGUCCUCACUCCACUCAUGCUUGAUUAUGUGAAUGCCAAACAAAAGUUUACAAUUUCCUUUUUCCUGAAUUUUUUAAAGAUCUUGUAUUUGAUGUACAAAACAAAUACCAUUAAUAUUAUUCAGAAAAAUUACAAGAUGAUUAAUGAUAAUGACAAUAUUAAUAUAAAUGGAAGAAAAACUAUAUAAUAAGCAAUAAAUUAUUUUUCAGAGUUGUA